AUGGCGCUGCGGCUGUGGUGGCUGCAGCCGACGGCGCGGCGGAGUCUGGGUUUAGGGUUUAGGCCUUUGGGUCGGAAGCAUCUCCGGAGCUCCCUCGGCUCCCUCCUUGCCGUCCUGGCGCUGCUGUCGCUGCCGGCCCUUUCUCUGCAGACCAGCUUUGUGCCUGCUGGGUACGGCGGUUACCGCCGUGUCUCCCAAGCGCUGCGCGCGAAACCGGCCGAGCCAGACCUGACCUCACCCGCUUGGGUGGAGAGUGCUGAGGUCAUCCUGGAUAUCAUCGAAGACAGCACCAAAGAAGAUGCGCUGGAGUGGCUACAAGCAGGCUUCGCCUGGACGCAGAAGAGCCGCCGCUUCUGGCGGAAGCUGCGCUCUGAGGCGCCGCCGGAGCCCGCGGCCGUGCGGAGCACCGCACGCUGGCUGCAAGACAAGGGCCUGGCGCAGAAAGCUUGGGUGCGGCGCUUCCCAGAAGUCCUGGGCCUCAGCGUGAAGGAGCUUGAGGAGGGGAAAAAAACCGCGCCCAGCUACUUGAAGAGCGACGAGAUCUACAACAAGGCCAUCAAGUCCAACCCGACGCUGCUCGGAAAGAACUACGACUGCUUGUUGGAGCACGAGAGCUGUCAGGGGCGCUGCUCCCGCUGCUGGAACACGUGA